GUGACGUCAGCGGAAGGUUAAAAGUUGAUGAUUGGCGACCAUCCGCUUGGUUUGUAUGCGUUUUCUCUGGGAUUGAAGUGUUUUAGGUUCAAUCUAAGCAUGGACGCAGUGCAGAAACACAGAUCCAUGUACAAAGGCACGACACCACCAUGGAAAGAAACAUACAGGAAGCGCUGUGUGGAGCGUCUGAAGAACAGCCGGUCGCGGUUGCUGGAGAAGUUCAGACAGAUGGGAGAGGAUUCGAGCGGAUCGAACCGGUCUCUGCUGGUGCAGGAGGUGAUGGAGGAGGAGUGGAGCGCGUUACAGUCGGCCAAUCACAGACUCCCGUCGCUGUGGAACGGAGACGGCAUCAGAGAUGUUUACGCCGCACAGCAGGAGUUUGACGAACUUUCAGCGUUCGAGGAGAUUCAGCAGGAGCUCGUAGCGCAAGAGCUCUUGAUUCUGGAGCAAUAUAACAGCAGUGUGCGCCAUGAAGAACAGUAUUUGGACUCGGUGGUGGAGGAAAUGGAGACGACGGGUGGACAGAUCAUAUGUCCCAUAUGUCACGUGAAUAAUCUGACAGUAAACGGUCAUUUUACAUCAUGUCCAUGUGGCCUUUACGUCAACACAAUUGGCAGGAACGUUUCCUCAGCGGUUUUACAGAGUCUCCUAGAAAGGCGUGUGAUGGAGCACAUGGAGGAUUGUCUUCAUAACCCCUGCUUCUCUAUGGCCUUUAACACGGACGGAUCCCCGAACCUCAUGAUCAGCUGCAAGGUGUGUGACUAUCUGUCCGUCGUGCUGUGAGCCGUUCCUCCACACUGCAGACCGUCUGAUGGAUGUUUUUAAAUGUUAUUUAUGUGAAAUAAAAGAUUUUUUUGUAACUUU